AUGGCGGCUGCUGCGCUGCCUCGGAGAGCUCCACUCUUCCCUGGCGACCUGCAGGCGGACGAAAGCGGAGAGGAGGCGUUUUCUGCGUCGGGAUCGUCUUCGCUCGAGUCUAUGACGGCGCGGCUGCGUUCGCUUGACUUGGAUUCGCUGGCGUCCUUUCUCAAGCGCUUCAGCGACGAUCCGCGGCUGCUGCUUGCGCUCCGUCUCCCUGCUAACGCGCGAAAUGCGGGCGCGCCGCCGGGGUCUUCACCGUCUGCCGGGGCUGUCUCCGGCGCGCCCUCUGAAGACGCGACCGCGGUCGCGGCGGUCGCAGCGCAGCCGCUGGAGUUUCACCAGCUGUACGCCUCGAUCGACUGUUUGCUGAUGCUCUACGAGACGCAGGCGCUGCAGCUGUACGGCCGGAGUUAUCCGCAGAUGCUGGAGCUGCAAGAGCAUCUGCAGGAGAGUGAGGCCGCCCUGGAGGCGCUCGAGGCGAAACUGGGCGGCGUCCGCGGCGACCUGCGGCGCACGGGGGAGAAGAUCAAAGUCGUGGAGGACGAAAGCAUCCGCCUGGGCACCAUGAUGACGAAUCGCCGCGAAGCUGGCGUCGUCAUGAAGACCUUUCUGCAGCAAAUCACCGUCGAACGCGAACUCGUCAAAGUCAUCUGCGAAGGCACCGUCUCGGGAAAUCCGGCCUUCGUCGCGGCGCUCAAACAACUCACCAAGAAAAUCGAGCAUGCCAGACAACCAGGCAUGCAGGAGCUAAAGAGCGCAUCAGCGAGCCUUCCCGAGUUGCAGAAGCUUCGCGAGUGCGCACUCUCCCGUAUCUCGUCGCAUCUUUCCGCGAAGCUCGCCCUGCUGCGGCAGCCGCGGACCAACGUGCACAUCAUCCAGCAGAACGACUUGCUCAAGUCGUCAGAUUUGUUCCUCUUUCUGCUUGACCACAACCCGGCGGCCGCCCUCGCGUUCAAGGACUCGUACACGCGCACGAUCUCCCAGGUGUAUGUACAUCUCUUUCGGGUGUACGUACAGCAGCUCCGCAGGCUGCAAACGCAGCGCGACGGGACUGUUUUCGGCGCAGGCGGCGUCGGGCCUCAGUCGGCCGGUGCUGCAGCGGCGGUGCUGGUCGGGGCAGGAAUGGGAGGCGAAGAAGUCGAGCUCCUCGCUUCCAGAGAGACUGCCAAAACUUCCUCCACGUUUGCGAACUCGGCUAAGCAGGUCAUGGGCUUCAUGAUGUCGAAACUGAAUACCGCCGCCGCUCCUUCUGUGUCGCUCUCGAAAGGCUCGGUCUUCUGGUCGCACCAGAAGCUCCUCAUUGACACCGCCACGCGCGAGUUUCUCUUCCUCACAGGAUUUUUCCUAAAUGCCGGCCUCGACUGCCCCUACGAGAAGCUCUUUGCGGAGGCGUUUGGGAAAUCUCUUGCGUUCUUUGUCGACCUGGCAGAGUCCGCGGCCAACUCGCACGACGCCCUCGGCGUGCUACUCAUGCUGCGCGUGACGCACUACAACACGCAAGUGAUGCAGCGGCGACGCAUUCCAUGCCUGAACGAUUACCUCAGGCGCAUCCACGUCAUCUUUAACUCGGCUCUGCGAGCGAUACUCUCGGCGAAUAUCGCGUCGCUUGUGAAGGCAUCGCCGCGCGCGCUGAUGGCAGAUCAGAGUGAAGAUGUGCGCACGCAGCCGCACUUCGUCACGCGGCGCUUCGCAGAACUCGCCUCUGCGCUCGAGUCGAUUCGCGCGACGCCGCUACCGCAGCGCGCGCAGAGCUCGGCGUUGAAGAGUGUGGAAAAGGACAGGCCUGAAGAAGAGGAAACUUAUGACGCCGCGCUCAUGCGCGAGAUGCUUGACGCUGCGUUGGACCUCAUUGUCCGGCUGUCUCAGGAGAUCCCGACGAAGCGCGAGCGAACGAUAUUUUUGAUCAACAAUUUUGAUCUGCUUCUCAACAUUUUCCACCAGCGCCAAGUCCUCCCCGACGCCUGCACGUCAAUUGAGAAGCAGCUCUACGAGCAGAUUUCCUUUUUCGUCGAGGAGCAGCUGCAGCGGCACUUUGGCGCGCUUCUCGCGGCGGUCACGCAGGCCGAGGAGGCGCAAGGCGGGAAGGGCGACGGCGCCGUCAAGGAGGGACUCGCGGGUUUCGACGCCCAGCAGCUCGAAAGCGCUGUCGUUCAAUUCGGGGCCGAUUGGCGCGAGAGACUCGGCGAAAUGCACUCCGAGGCCGUGGCGGCGUUUUCAAACUUCACAAACGGCAUGGAGACUCUGAAGCUGACGCUCACGCAGCUGCUUCUGCUGCACACGCGCCUCCACCAAGUCGUCAACGCGCUGUACCCCAAGCCGCCCGUGCCCGCCUGGGUCAGGCAGCUGCUUCCUACGAACGCGAUUUUGGCGGAAAUUCGUUCGCUCUCAAGAGGCGUCUGA